AUGGCUGGUCGAAGGAACAACGGUGAGAUAGGUGGUCAGAACAACCAAUUCCUAGAGGGGCUUACUGCACUUUUACGGGAGCAAGAGCAGAAUCGGACUCAUGGGGAGCAGAUUCAACAACUAUUGCAGGCUAGGGAGCAGGAGAGCACACCUAGACGUCCUACCUCCAAUGCAAACCAGGUCUACAAGCAAUUUCGAGAACUUGGACCAACGGAGUUUAAAGGCACCAUGGAUCCUAUCAUUGCAGAAGGAUGGAUUCGAUCUCUGGAGAUGAUAUACAACUUCAUGCAGGUUACAGAUGCGGACAAGGUCAGGUGCACAAUAUUUAUGCUGCGAGAUGAUGCACAAGUAUGGUGGGAAGGUGCACGAUUGAUAGUUGAUUUGGCAAUAUUGACAUGGGCUGAUUUCAAGGAGAUAUUCUACUGGAAAUACUUCACUGCUGACAACAGAACCCGACUGGCAAGGGAGUUCUUGGAACUACGCCAGGGAGAUUUGACGGUGGCUGAGUAUGUCAGGAGGUUCAAGAGGGGAUGCUACUUCGUACCCAUGAUUGCCAAUCAACCGGUCGAGGAGCUGAAGCACUUUACAAAGGGAUUGAGAGCUGCCAUUCGUCAUGAUGUCAGACUAAGUUGGGUCACCACCUUCAGGGAGGCAGUUGACCAAGCACUGAUGUCUGAAAGGGACAGAAAUGAUAUGAUUAAGGAAGCCCAGAACUAA